GAGUCAGGAGCCGUGAUGUGUCUCCUGCUGGGGGCCUCGGGCGUCGGGAAGACGCUGUUGGUGAAAAGAUUGCUGAAGCUGAGCUCUGGGGAUGGGAAAGGCGAUCUGGGCGAUCCUCCCCCGACGCGGCCCACGGUGGGCACUGACCUUACUGACAUUGUGGUCCCAAGAAAGAUUACCAUCCGGGAGCUGGGGGGGUGCAUGGGCCCCAUCUGGCCCAGCUACUAUGGAAAUUGCCGUUCUCUCCUGUUCAUGAUGGAUGCGGCUAACCCCACUCAGCUGUCUGCCUCCUGCGUGCAACUCCUGGGUCUCCUUUCUGCGGAAGGACUAGCAGAAGCGUCGGUCUUGAUACUCUUUAAUAAAAUUGAUGUGCCCUGUUACAUGACCGUGGAGGAGAUGAAGUCCUUGAUCAGACUCCCAGACAUCAUUGCCUGUGCCAAGCAGAGCAUCAGCACAGUGGCAGUCAGCGCUCACAAGGGCACCGGCCUGGCGGAGGUGCUGCACUGGCUCCAGGACACCCAGGGGACUGACAGCUGACAGCUGACCCACAGGAGGAGACCGUGACGGGCCAGCUCUGUGGAGGGGCCAGAGAGCCGCCCUGCUUGGCCUGCAGAGAUCUGUUCUCAUCAGGGACAGGAUGACCCAGCACAAGCCUAGG